AUCACCUGUCACUUUCUGGUGUAAUUGAAAUUUGGAUUGAUUAUUAUUUAUUUCGGAAUUCGUUAUCCUAUAAAUUGAUUUACUGUUUGAUUCGGACUAGAAUUUAAUUAUUGGAAAAUGAUUUUGUGUGAUUUAAAAGGAUAAUUUUAAUUUGCCCAAACAUUUGCCAGACCGUUCUAUAUAUCAGAAGAUUCAUUGGAUGUACUUGGUGACUACUUACUUUAGAGUCCAAGUUGUUCGCUGAGGUGGAAAUAUACAAGCUUUGUCUGGGAAGUGGGAACUCUUAAAGAAAAUAACAUGAAUGCGCUGUUAGAUUAUGGUACAUCGUCAAGUGGAACAGAAGACGAAAGUGGUGAUGAAAAGCCAAAGAGUCCCAAGACUGAUGAUCAGUACGACGCUGAAAAGCCCAAGCUUCCAAAACCAGCGAUUGGUGAAAACAGUCUCCACACAUCAGUGUUUUCAAACCCAUUUGCUGAGGCAGAGCUAGCCAAAGCUGCAAUACUAGAAAAACAUGUUAAAAUGGUUCCAGGUAAAGACAAUGCCCAAAUGAUCAAUGGCAAGAAGAUAUGCUGGAACUACAGGAAGGGUAGGUGUCGUUUUGGUCACAACUGUAAAUACGCACAUGACUCAGAUAUACAGAAGACUGCAGAGGAAAUGGAUGUGGAAAAACAGAAGUUAAAAUCAAUUGUAUGCGAGGGAUCUGGUACAAUGACUUCUGCACCACCACCACAGCUUGAGCUGGAAGUUUCCUCACAUACACAUGAUGACUUCUGGGAGGGAAAAGCUGGCCAUAAGAAAAAACGGCCUGGCCUAUCUCAAGGACUUGUGCCAGGCAAAAAGGUCAUUAAAAUGUAUAAAGAACAAAAGCUCAAUGAUGUAAGAAAAUAAAAUAUGAGAAAUA